CUCACAGGGAGAAGAGAAGCCAGUCGCUGCCGAACACUGGACGUCUACUGGUCUUUACGUGUGCGUGCGUGUGCGUGACACCGAUGGCACACCACUGAGCAGGGCCAACGACUCCCUGGAUAUUUUGACUUAAAUUAACCCCCCAAGGUGUAUGGAAAGUGCUCCUGGAUGGACCUGGGCGAAACCGGUUGGUCCAUGGUCAAGCGAGAAGCAUCCAGCAGCCCAGGGUCGCCGGCCGAGCCGAGCUACCUGCCCGGUGACAGCCGGAGGAGCGGCACCCACACCCCGGACGAACUGAGGACUUCCCCCGGCGACCUUGACCCGCUGGGCGGCAGAACACUCCACCCUUACGCCCACUUCGGACACCACAGCAACCCCCUGAGCUCAAGCGAGGACGUUCCGCUCUUUACGGAUCUAGACCAGGGCAGCAAGCUGGUUCUGUCCGGGAGUGCGCACAAGGCUGCUGCUGCCGGCCUGCUGGUGGACCCCUCCGACAUGUACCAGACCCUGGCCAUCGCCGCGGCUCAGAGCCAGACUGGAUAUGAUUCCUCCAGCGGUGGUUAUAUGCACUCCAGCCCCAACUCCCCCGUCUAUGUGCCGAGUUCCAGGGUGGGCUCCAUGAUCCCCAGCCUGUCCUACCUGCAGGCGGGCGGCUCCGCGCAGCCAGGCCACGCAGUCUCCAGCCACUCCGUGUGGUCGCAGUCCACCCCGGAGAGCCCCUCGUACAGCACCGGGAGCCCCCACGCGUCCAGCCGCUUCCACUACCCUCCGAGUCCGCCCAUGAACAACGGCACCGGCCGGGACAUUGGCUACAGCAACACGCUGAACGUGGCCAACAGGGCCGAGCAGUACGGCCUCUCCCGGCCGCUGAGUGGGGCCUACCCGGGGCCCUACUCCCCCUAUGUGACCCCUCAGCUCUCCCAGCUGUCCUCGCCUUGGACCGGCGGACCUUUUGACAACAGCAUGCUGCACACCUUGCAGAGCAGGGGGGCACCCUUGAUCCGUGGACCAAAUGGAGUUUCAGACAUUCUGGACGACAUGGGGGAGAGCAGGGAGUGUGUGAACUGUGGCUCCAUCUCCACGCCACUGUGGAGGCGUGAUGGCACCGGACACUUCCUUUGCAACGCCUGUGGUCUCUACAGCAAAAUGAACGGCCUCAGUAGACCACUCAUUAAACCGCAGAAACGCACGUCCACGUCCAGGAGGAUCGGCCUGUCGUGUGCCAACUGUCAGACCAGCACCACGACUCUGUGGCGCAGGAACGCAGAAGGAGAGCCAGUUUGCAACGCCUGUGGUCUCUACACUAAACUACAUGGGGUACCUCGGCCACUGGCCAUGAAGAAAGAAGGCAUCCAGACCAGGAAAAGAAAACCAAAGACACUGAAUAAAAAUAAAGGGGGCUCAGGAGGUAACAACUCCGUGUCUAUGACGCCCACGUCCACGUCUUCGUCCAACUCUGAGGACUGCUCAAAGACCAGCUCUCCGUCCACACAGGUGUCUGGGGUCAGCUCGUCCGUGAUGCCCACAUCGGGGGAGGGCUCGGUGCUCAAGUACCCGGGAGCGGACGGCCUGUACGGGAGCAUGGGUCUGGCCCAGACCCCCGACGUGGCCUCAGUAAGGGGGGAGCCCUGGUGCCCAAUGGCCUUGGCUUGAAGACCGCCGCAGAGGAGGACUUUAUUCCCUGGAUUCUUCCCUCUGGUGCGGAAGUGGGCAAUGUUUGAUUCUUUGCCCUCACAGCCCACGGCCAGAAACUUCUGAGCAAGGCAUGGAGUAGCUGGCUUUGGACCUUUAAGGAGGACUCAGGAAGACUCAUGGAAGCAGGACCAGGAUCAGCAUCUCUUAGAUGCUUUGGGAACCCCUCCACGACGGUUCCUCGAAGAACCGCUUGAAGGAUUUGCUCUCCAAGCUUUGGAUACCAACGCUAAACGUCAUCAUUUGUCUUUCUAAGGACCGCUUGAUUUUUUUUGUCUUCUCUCCACAACUGGAAUCACGCCACAAGUGCCGACUUUUAGCAAUCAGAAGAGAAUAUUUAUGAAUCUCCCAUUGUUGAGAAGUAUGAUUGUAAUAAAGAGAUGGAUGUAGAGUAGACCUUCAAGCCCUCCCAUGUCUUCUUUUUCGAAAAAAAAAAAAGAGAGCUCUUACUGUAUUCGGUUGAAACAGGGUAUCAAAAAUAUGUCAUUAUUUUCUUUCAUCAUGUGCAAAUAUGAAAUGCAAAUACUUCCAGGCUCAGCUAAGGUACUCGCAUGUUUAAAAACAAGACAAGUGCACCCACGGAUGCUCAUCUUAAACUAGCAGGCAACGUUUUCAUGCUAAACAGUGAAAGAAGACUCUUAGUGUAAAGUGUAGCAUUGAAACUGUAUUGAAAAAAACAAAAUGUUUUUUUUCUAUGUAUUUUACACCUCAGUGAGGGGGUAUGUUUGAUUUGCCUCCCUAUACAUCCCGUAUUGGGGGUGGAGGGCUUCACAAUUCACAAGUAAACUGAAUGGCUACGUUUAUUUAUGAUCAUUUUUCUAUUUUUUUUUUCCAAAAACCUGGCCAUGUUUUUCCCUCUGAAGAAUUUUAAGAUUGUAUUUAAUUUAAAUUCAGUCCAAUAAAUUGUUGUGGUGAUGUUAUAAAUUAGUUUUGAGGUGCUCGAGAGUGUUGAUGACAAAUGAAGAGAACUUUACGUGCUGCCUUUUUUGGUUUCUUUAACAUGCUUGAGUUUGCGUCAGUAUUUUUUUUUUUUUUAACAUUAAAGCAAGCCUUCACUCA